AUGGAAUCGGACAAAGCGGAUGGUGAAGUCUUUCUUUUUACGUCAGAAUCUGUCGGCGAAGGUCAUCCUGAUAAAAUCUGUGAUCAAGUUAGUGAUGCUAUUUUGGAUGCUUGUUUAACUCAAGAUUCUAAUUCUAAAGUUGCAUGUGAAACAUGUACAAAAACAGGUAUGGUAUUAGUAUGUGGAGAAAUAACAUCAAAAGCUAAUCUUGAUUAUCAAACAAUAAUUCGUAAUACUGUUCGUGAUAUUGGUUGGGAUUCAUCUGAUAAAGGUUUUGAUUAUAAAACAAUGAAUGUUCUUGUUGCACUUGAACAACAAUCACCCGAUAUAGCACAAGCUGUGCAUGAAAAAAAAGCUGAUGAAGAUAUUGGUGCUGGUGAUCAAGGUUUAAUGUUUGGCUAUGCAACAGAUGAAACAGAAGAAUGUAUGCCAUUAACUGUUGUACUUUCUCAUCAUCUUAAUGCUAAAAUGGCUGAAUUAAGACGAAAUGGACAACUUGAGUAUCUUCGACCUGAUUCAAAAACUCAAGUUACUGUUGAAUAUAAAUUUGAUAAAGGUGCUUGCGUACCACAACGUGUUCAUACUAUUGUUAUAUCAACUCAACAUAGUCCUGAUGUUACACAAGAACAAUUACGCGAUGAUCUUCUUAAUAAAGUUAUUAAAACAGUUGUACCACAACAUUUGCUUGAUGAUAAAACUGUUUAUUAUUUAAAUCCAUCAGGUAAAUUUGAAAUUGGUGGUCCACAAGGAGAUGCUGGUUUAACUGGACGUAAAAUAAUUGUUGAUACAUAUGGAGGAUGGGGUGCUCAUGGUGGUGGUGCAUUUAGUGGUAAAGAUCCAUCAAAAGUUGAUCGAUCAGGAGCAUAUGCUGCUCGAUGGGUUGCAAAAUCUCUUGUGAAAGCAAAACUUUGUCGUCGUUGUCUUGUUCAAGUAUCAUAUAGUAUUGCUAUAGCUGAACCUUUAUCGAUUACUGUAUUUGCAUAUGGUACAUCAUCAAAAACAAAUAAAGAAUUACUUGAAAUAGUUAAGAGUAAUUUUGAUCUUCGUCCUGGUAUUAUUAUUCGAGAUUUACAUUUAAAAACUCCAAUUUAUACAAAAACUGCAUGUUAUGGUCAUUUUGGUCGACCAGAAUUUCCAUGGGAAAAACCCAAACAACUUAAAUUUUGA